AUGGAACGAGCUACUGUACCAACAUUUGAUGGAAACAUUUUAAAGUUCAAUGAUUUCAAAGAAAGUUUUGAAAGUCUUGUUCACAACAAUAACGAAAUUCCAAAUACGCAAAAAAUGCGUUUUUUAAAACGAGCUUUUAUUGGGGAAGCUGAACAAAUUCUUCGCCAUUUUGGUUUGAAAGAAGCGACGUAUCCUGAAGCAUGGGAUUACGUUAUGAAACGAUUUAAUAAUCCUCGAGCUAUUAUCCGUGCACAUUUUCGAAACUUACAUUGCCUUGAGCCAAUUAAAAAUGAGCAAGGUAUUCGAUCAUUGUUGGAUAAAAUAAACGUUACCUUACGUGGUUUGAAAGCCGUUGGAUUGGAAAUUGAUGAUACUUUUUCUCAGUACAUCGCUUAUUUAGUUGGAACUUGCCUUGAUCCUGUCACUUUGAAAGAUUGGGAAAAUUCCUUCAAAACAACAAAAAGAUAUCCGUCAUUUGACGAAUUGGAAGAUUUUCUUCAAAUUCGCUCGUUUUCUGUUGAAGAUCGGAGCUCAGAAAACGAUUCGAAAAAACAAAAAUCCCAUAUGGAUAAAACUACUGAUCGUGGAAAAUCACGUAAUGAGAAAAAGUCGUUUGUGGCUGGAAAAAUAACUUGUGUUGUGUGUUCUCAAUCGCACUUCCUAAACAAUUGCAAAGAUUUCAUGGCAAAAACGCCAAAGGAACGGUAUAACGUGGUCAAGAAAAAUGACUUGUGCCUUAAUUGUUUUAAUCCGUUCCAUUCAACAGAUAAAUGUACUAGGCCAACUUGUAGUACUUGUUCUCGAAAACAUAAUACGCUGCUCCAUUGGACUCCAGCAAUAACAGUUCAACAGAAUCAAAAUGGGAAUGGUGGUGAAAAACCAGAUCCCCAAUCAGGUUCUGGUACACCAAAAUCUUCGUUUUCUGCAACUUUAACUGUUCAAAACAAAUCAGUGUUGCUGCCUUCAGCCGUUGUCAAGGCUAACAUAAAUCAACAAACUGUUCUCGCUCGUGUGCUUCUUGAUAAUUGUUCUCAAGUUAACCUCGUCGCGAAACCCUUUAUUAAAACAAACAACAUUCGUACGCGUAAAUCCGGUGAAGUUACGUCGUUAGGUGGUAUAGUCGAAGGUGUUGAAAUUCUAGACACGGUUGCAGAUAUCGUUUUGCAGUCCAGAUUUUCUGAUUUCAAGCUUCCAAUUUCAGCUGAAGUGGUUGCCAAAAUACCUUAUCGAGUGAAUUAUUCAGCCGUCUUGAAUCUUCCUGGUGAAUACGCAAACUUACCUCUUGCAGAAUGUAAAUUGCCACACUCUAACGUGGAUAUCAUUCUUGGAGCUGAACAUUAUGAAUAUGUGAUGAAAAACCAUCGCUAUUUUUGUGAAAAACUGAGCUUAAGAGAAACUGAAUUUGGAUUCGUUGUCUCUGGCAUUAACAAUUCAUCUGCAAUAUCACCAAAUGUGUACUGUGGAUUGACUCAAGUUGAUAUUGACUCUCAACUUAAAAAAUUCUGGCAAACUGAAGAAUUAAACGAUUCGUAUGUGUCUCACAAAGAUGACGUAUGUUUGGAAUAUAAGCUCAUUGAAGAGCAUUUUGAAAAAACUCAUACCAGGGCAGAUGAUGGUCGUUUUAUAGUUAGGCUGCCAACAAAACCUACUAUAGACGUUUUAAAUGGGUCAUAUUCAAAAGCCCUUGCUAUGCUAAAACGGAGUGAAAAACAUACUCCAAAGGAUAUUCGAAAAGAAUAUGUCAAUUUCAUAACAGAAUAUGAGCAACUUGGUCAUAUGCGCAGAUUAAAUGCAUCCGAAGUUCAAUUGGCUAAAUAUUUCAUACCACAUCAAAUGGUAUGCAAACCUACAAGUACUACUACUAAAUAUCGUGUAGUCUUUAACGCUUCCAGUAUCGAUUUGUCUGGAACUUGUCUAAAUGACCAUCUGAUGAUUGGUCCAACAUUGCAACCCGAAUUAUUCGACAAUAUGGUGAGAUUUCGUUUCUUCAUCAUUGCAUUUUGUGCUGAUAUUGAAAAAAUGUAUCGCCAAAUGUUUGUAAAACCUGAAGAUCGCAAAUACCAGUGUAUUUUGUGGCGUAAGGAUGAAAAUGAACCAGUUUCUGUUUGUGAACUUUGCACCAUCACAUAUGGUACUAAACCUGCUGCAUAUAUCGCAACUAGAUGUUUGCGUGAAGUGGCUAAAAAUUUGAAAAAGAGGAAUCCUCGUGCUGCAAAGUCAAUUGAAGAUGAUUUUUACAUUGACGAUUACACCACUGGUGACGAUACUGUUGAAGGUGCUCUAGAGCUACAAAAUGCUGUGCAUCAAGAAUUGAAAAAUUAUGGUUUUCCUUUGCGGAAAUAUCAGUCUAACUCUGAAGAAUUUCUCAGUAAACUUGACUCUUCAUUAGUUGAGCCAUUAACAUCUCGUUCGUUUGGUGAUCGCGAUUCUGUGAAUGUGCUCGGUUUAAAUUGGUGUACUAAAAAUGAUACCCUAUGUGUCGUGUUAAACUUGAAUCCCUUGCCUGAUUCAAUAACAAAACGUAUUUUACUCUCCGAUAUCGCGCGCGUUUUUGAUGUGCUUGGAGUGCUCUCGCCAAUUACAGUUCGUGCUAAAAUUAUAUUGCAAGACUUGUGGCGUGAAAGUUUAAAAUGGGAUGAUAAAUUGAGUGAUCAUCUCCAAGAUAAAUUUCUGAAAUACCGACGUGAAUUAAGUCAAUUAAAAAAGUACUCUGUGCCGCGUUUGUGUGUUCCAUUUAAAAUGCGAAUCGAAUUGAUCGGUUUCUGUGACGCGUCGCCAAAAGCGUAUUGUGCGGUUGUGUAUAUUCGGUGUGUCGAUAAGUGCGGUAAUGUCAAAGUUAACUUUGUGUGCUCAAAAACAAAAGUUGCACCUCUCAAACCUGUACUAACUAUACCUCGGUUAGAACUACAAGCUGCUCUCUUAUUGGCAAAACUCAUGAUUCGUGUAAAAAACAAUCUAAACAUUGACUCAAAUAACUUAUAUGCAUUUUCCGAUUCAAUGAUAGUUCUCAGUUGGUUAAAACUACCUCUGAAUGCUUUGAAAACCUUUGUCUCAAACAGAGUCGAAAAAAUUCUUGAUCACGUAGGAAGAUGGAUGUAUGUUGAUACUGCAUCCAACCCGGCCGAUCUGGCCACUCGUGGUCUUAACGUAACUGAAUUUAUGGAAAGAAAAAAUUUAUUGUGGUUGAAAGGACCCACAUGGUUGGAAAAUGAUUUUGAUGAACAUUUAAACUCUGAUGUCAAAAUUAGUGACUACAUAGAAUUACUUGAAAUGCGUGUGCCUAAAAUAGCAUUUGUGUGUUGCUCGAUUGAGGCUUCGACCUUAUCAACCUUUUCGUCUUAUUUAAAAGCGAUUCAUGCUGUGUCUUAUAUGUUUCGUUGGGUAGAUAAAAAACGUGGUAUUCUACAUCAAGGCGAAUUAACUACUGACGAAAAUAUUCGUUCAUUAGAUGCUUUAAUUAAGUAUUCUCAAAAUAUGUUCUUUGGAAAAGAUCUGGCUCGCUUAGCCAAUGGUCAAAACCUUAAAAAGGAUAGCAGUUUACAAUCUCUCGAUCCUUUCAUUGAUGAUAAGGGUAUUUUACAAGUAGGUGGAAGGUUGAAAAAUGCUCAACUUCCUUUUGAUAAACGCCAUCCUAUUAUUUUGUCUGCUAAAUGCAACCUUGUAAACUUACUGGUAGAUUAUGUACAUGAGAAGUAUUUUCACUGUUCACGUGUAGUUGUCUACUCUUAUAUUCAAAAUCAGUAUUGGAUUGUUGGUGGUGUCAACAAUGCCAUAAAAAAGGUGAUCCGUGAAUGCGUUCUUUGUCGUCGACUACGUGCUGUCACUGGAAAACAAAUUAUGGGCCAACUGCCCUCAACUCGUAUCACACCAGCUCGUCCCUUCCUCAAUGUUGGCGUCGAUCUGUGUGGACCUUUUACUGUGCGCUGCCUUGGACAUCGUUCCUUAAAACACAAUAAGGUGUAUGCUGCAUUUUUCGUAUGUAUGUGCACAAGAGCUGUGCAUAUUGAACUGGUUUCUGACCUGUCUACUGAUGUCUUUCUGAAAGCGUUUCGCCGGUUUGCAGCUAGACGAGGUCUACCUUCUCAAGUCUAUAGUGACAAUGGAAAAAACUUUGUUGGUGCUAACAACAUUCUAAAAGAACAAUAUAAAAUUCAACAAUAUGCCGCAAAUGAGCAAAUCAAAUGGCAGUUCAUCACCCCUCGUGCCCCACAUCAAGGAGGCUUAUGGGAAGCUGCUAUCAAAUCAGGCAAAUCGUUGAUUGUAAAAGCCUGCAAAAAUCAUGUUCUCAAUAUGGAAGAUUUGCAUACUGUGACUUGUCAAGUGGAAAGUAUCCUGAAUUCCCGUCCAUUAUGCUACCAAAAGGAGACUUUGGCAGAUGAACCGUUUGGUGUAAUUACUCCGGGUCACUUUCUGAUUGGUUCAAAUCUUCUUGCUCCACCUCUCGAUGAUGAUAAUUCUUCAGCUGACUUGAGUUCUCUUCUUAAAGCCCAGCAAUCAAUUAUUCAGUCAUUCUGGAACGAGUGGAGAAAAUCUUAUCUCAAUUCACUUCAAAUUCGUAACAAAUGGCAAGCUCGAGAUUCCAAUAUUGCUGUCAAUGAUAUUGUUGCCCUGAAGGAAGACAACGUUGCAGUCCUAAACUGGCCAAUGGGAAUCGUCGUUGCUGUCUACCCUGACAAGGAAGGUGAAAUACGAAAUGUUAUGGUGAAAACUUCAACUGGUAAAUAUCAACGAGCUGUUACUCGGGUAGUUAAGUUGUUAUCUGCUGAGGAAGCUCAUGCCCCUCAGCCGGGGGGAGUGUGUUAG